UAAACGAUUCAAUUAAUCGAUCCGUGGUUCCAAUGAGCGUUGAGAACAAAUGCUUUAUAAACAUGUCAGCAAAUUGAAGAUUGUAUUGAAGAUGCGUUUUUCUUUUCUUUUUACAGUAUGAGUACACACACAAAUAUCGUGUGAGAUCACAGCUUUAGACCACUGAUCAGACAGUGAUGGAUUCGCUGAACUUUGAGUCCGAGAUGGAGGCGGAUGGACAGGGCAGUUAUUCGCUGUUUCCAGCGCUGGACAGCAUGAGCAGCCUGACUGGAGCCGCUGAGAGUCUAGACGCUGAAACCCCCAGUGAGGUGGCAGAUAAACCGAAUCUCACUUGGCUCGAUGCUGCUCAGAUUGUCCUUGAAGAAGCUGGGCGGCCCAUGCACAUCAAGGAGAUCAAGCAGCGGAUCAUUGAUCGUGGACUGGUGCAGUCAAAUGCAAAGUCAAGCCUCGAGGCAGUCAUGUAUCGAGAGACACAGAAAGGGAGCAGACGCUUCAAGAGGAUUGAAAGCAGAAAUGGAGUUUUUGCCCUGUUGACUGAUGAAGAGAGACAGAAUGCAUUGCAUGCAUUCUCUGCCCAGUCGACCUUCUCAAGUUCGGGCUCUGGCUCGUCCAUGGGACCCCUGCCUUCCCCCACGAGCCACUCUGAAUCCAGGCCUAAAGUCAGGAAGGGUCCUCGCAAGAACCAAAAUGAGAAGUACCGGCUGAAGUACAUGCGUCUGCGCAAGGCUGCCCGUGCUAUGAUAUUUGAAAAUGCAGCACUGUAUGAUGAGAUUGCUCACCUGGAAGAGAAGUUUGUUCGGGCAAAAGAAGAAAGGAGAUUCCUGCUGAAGUCUUUGUUGCAGUAUCAGUCUCUGGCUGAAGGAGAAUCUGUCCCGACUCCCAGCUGCAGCACACACACACCUGUCGCGUUGAGCUCCAGCACACCAGGGGGCGCUGCUCUACCAGGGAGUCACAGCCAGGCCACUGGACUCUCAGGAUCUGAUGACAGCCUUUUGAAGAAACCCAAAAAAGAAAGAAAAGAGAGGGGAAGAGAGAACGGCAGGGAAGAAUUCAUGAAGAAGAUUUGUAAGAAAAGGAAGGUUGCAGAAGGAGGAGUGCGCAAGUUUGUGCAGCCCAUCUCACUGGACUCUUCGGGGAGGCCGGUCUUUCCCAUUGUGCUUGGUGGACUCACUGUGUACAGCCUAGGGGAGAUCACCACAGACAGGGCUCUGUUUCAUGACGAAACUGCUAUCUAUCCUGUGGGGUUCUGCAGCACGAGAGUUUUCGCCAGCAUGAACAACCCUGAUCAGAAGUGUCUCUAUACCUGCCAAAUCAAAGAUGGUGGUCAAGGACCACAGUUUGAGAUUGCACCAGAGGAUGACCCACAGAAUGCAAUAGUGGCCUCAUCAGCCCUCACCUGUCACGCAAACCUGCUCAAAGCCAUUUCUGCCCGGAGGGGCAAAUCCUUGACCAACAUUGUCCCAUCUGGAGCAGACUUUUUUGGUUUUUCUCACCCCACCAUUCAGAACCUGAUCCAGAGCUGUCCUGGGGCUCGCAAAUGCAGCAAUUAUCAGUGGGUGCGUUUUGAGGUUUGUCGGCCUGGUGAUGGACAAGUGGCACAUGGACUUUCAGAAGAUGAUGCAUCUGUGAAUUUUGAGUCCUUCCAACGAGUGCAAAGCUGUGAGGAGAGCCUGGCCAGUCAGAACCUUACAACAGAACACAGCAGCACAGUGCGACCACAACAGCCUAACAUCUCGUCUCACCUUCUGAGCUCCGCAGUGCUGCAGACCACCGUAACUUCUCUCUCCAACACUUGAGCUUAUUCAAACACAGUGUGUCUGACAGUGAGGUUAGGUUUUAAACCGAUUCAUACACAGAUGGGUCCUGUUUAUAAAAGUGCGACUAAAGAUCUCAGAUCUGCAUUAUGAAGUAAGUUAUGCUGGUUAAACAGGAUGCAUUCCUGCAUGCCACAGAAUGGAGUCAUUUUAGACAAUUUUUUACGUGAUAAAAAAGCUAAAUCCUUCUUAUGUCUGUUGUUAUUCUUUGUACUGUUAGUGUGUGUUAUUAAAGCGUGAUCAUAGUGUUUACUUUGAAAUACUUAAGAUAAAACAGACAUAAAAAUGGUGGACUAAAUCAACCCUUAAGCUUUUAGUAUUAUAGUUUAAGAUUUCAACUAGUUUUGCCAGUUCUGACGGGCUCAAAGGCUCCUUCUGAAGCUACCAAAUACAAUAAGCAAACCCUUACAGCUCUCAUCUUUAAUUAUGUAGAUCAUUCCAUGUAUGUGAUGAGAAGGCUUUGUACCUUGAGAACAGUUCUUCUCAAAUAAAAAAUCUUGACAUUA